AUGAAUUAUGGCUAUUUAAGGGAGUUGGCCGAGAAAUUAGAUUACCGCCAACUCGACAUCGAAACCGCCGCCGAGUUCUACGAGUUCCUCGUGCGUCGCCUCAGCGAAGUGUGGCAAAAAAUGAGUCGCGUCGAUUUCGAGGAGUUCGUCGCCGAGCGUCUCAUGCGAUUCAACGGGCGCCAAAAUCAAUUCGAGUUCUUCUGGAAGCUUCUCGCCAAACAUUAUAAUAUUUGA